GCGCAUAACUACGUUAAGAUAACCAGUGACGGAAAGCUGGAUAUUGAGCGUGAUAGUUUCACAAUCGCGACUUAUCUUUACCAAGACGUGCUUAGAGACGGGCCAAUCGUGGAGUGGAGAGGAAGAGGAGCUUACGGAACUCACAUGUGGAUUCAUGGAGGCAAGCUUUUCACCAACCUGGAUGCCCAUACUGGACACAGCCAUAUGCAAUUUCAUAUUGCUCCACCAACUAAGAAAUGGUCGUUCGUAGGGAUUAGCUACAGUCAACAAACUGGCAAUUUGGUGAUGUGGGUCGAUGGUAAUGUUGUCAUCAAGAAUGUCGGAGCCAUAGGACUCCGAGACAUGUUGGGUGAUUUGUACGUUGGACUCAGACCGGCAAAUGGUGGGUCCAAAUUCACGGGAAAGCUGGCCGGAACAACGCUGAUGAGAUGUGCAGUCAGUGGUAAGGCCCAGAUCGAGGAACUUAGGAAGCUGAUCAUAAGUAGAGCCAAACCUGCUACAUGUGACACGCAAAUGAAGACCAAGGUAGCUAGUGGAGUGACAUAUACAUUUGCCGGGAUGCAGUAUUACUGCAAGGAUGACGGGAAGUAUGCUGAAGUCAAGAAGGUUGGCAAUUGUGCUAUCCCUUUCAAAUACAAGGGCGUGUGGUACAGUGGAUGCAUCGAUUCAAAACCAUGGUGUUCAAAGGACCACGUCUACACCAAAAACUGGGAAUAUUGUUGAACCCGAACAUAUCGACUAACUUUUCGCAUGGUCUUAGAACCAUUGUACUCCAAUAUGCUACACAAAACUACUAAAAACGCUAUCAACUCUAAAUCUUUCGAUAAUAGUGGAACUUUCUCUUGAUUUUCCGAUGUAAAGAGAAUUGCAUUUUAUUUUACAUCAAUCUUGAUUCUGUGGUUGUAAACAAAGGCGCAUAGUCUUGUCAGGUUCUAAAGAAAUAUUUCAAAGGAUUAUUGGUCAGAACACUUUGUAUCCAACUACCAAAGUAAUACUGGUGGAAAAUGUAAUACCAUUGUCUCAUUAAAGACACGCUUUGAGAAUGAAAAAUAUUAAGACAUUAUUGCGAAUAGACGCGACCGACUUUCGCUUACCCGUUUUAGAAUCAGCAGUCAUAGGUGAAAAAUUGAGACGAGGAGGUUUGUUCAACCUAUCAUUCCUCGAGAAAACAGAUUCUGUCAUUUUUGUUCUGCUUCUAAAAAUAUAAACUGUGUUGAAGAUGAAAUCCAUGUUCUUUUAGACUGUCCAAAUUUUUGAAAGGAUAGGGAACUUUUUAUCGAAAAAUCCAUCCCACAGUACCCUUCCGUCAACCUCCUAUCAAAAAAAUUCAUUUACCUAAUGACUGCGGAGGGUGAUUUACUUCAUAAAGUUUCAAAGUUUUGUGCAAAUAAUUUAUAAGACAAGUGACUUUAUUUCGAUACUGGUAUUUUGAUACACUUUGUUCAUC